AUGAGCAUACUAGGAUACCCGUCCAAAAUACUCUUUGGGCCUGAUGGGAAGGCGGACUUCCCUACAUCAGCCGUGAUGGGAAUCCCUCGACUGUAUACAGAGCGCCACAUCUCGGCAGCAGAUCACCGCUAUUGGGCGCAAUUUACGACCAAGUUCGACACGGUGGACGACGUAUAUGCCUCGCUCCAAGUAGCUGAACUGCGGAAAGCAGCUGAGGAAGCGCCUGAAAACCUGGUAACGCUGGUUGAUGUGCUCACGCUUCAUCUAGAGAGUCUCGUCAACGACCCUCACUUUGCGCCUGUCCCUAAAGCAAGCCCAGGUGGCUGGAGCGCGUUGCUUGCCAGCACGGCGCCGACGCCACCGGUGGAUGGACGAGACCGACAUCGCGAAGCACUGAACUGCUGCCGCGUUUUAUCGCGUGUCAUUCCGAUCCUGUACGAAUCCAAGCCACGCACGAAGGAAGACAUUGACAUUACCGACUUGGAGCACAGCGCAUUGUGGCAUACAAAGCCGCGGCCGUCUGGGUCGUCACGUACGCCUACCCAAGGCCCAGGGUCACGAGUCACACCGCAUAACCAGAGUGCGUCCACGAAGACCCCGGAGCAAGGACGUACGGACGACGAUGAUCAGUUUAUUCUCGCUGAUGGCGACGAAUCGAUCAUGGAUCCGCUCACGGAGGCAGCUGGCGAUGUCUCGACGGUGCCUGUGGAGACGGUAUCCUGCACAGGUCAUGUCUUGCUGAUGACGCUCAUGGAACUGUUGUUCUACGCUGGGUUUACGAUGCCAUGGGCGGAAGAGCAGUUUGCAUCAGACAGAGCUGAUGUGAGUCGUGUGCACUUUACGAUUUGGGAGGCGGGGAUCGGCAGCCCUGUGGACUUGAGCCAUACGACGAUGGAGCAUUUGCAGCGCCGUACUGAAGUGCUUCGUCUGCUGCUAGUCCUACUUGCCAAGCCCAUGUACGUGGAAGCGACGGCACUUCCGACGUCUGAGAUGCAGGCGCUGCGCUUCAUUACGACGGAGCUGGAUCGCCCUGUUGUUCUGUCGUUCCUGUGCAGCUUGCUCAAUACGGUCUCGAACUAUCGUCAGUCCGACGCAUGGUUCACGUUCGGGACAGACCUAGCGCGCGAGCGAUACUUGUCCAUGUGCCUGCAGACGCUUGGCGCAGUGCUCACGUACGAGGACACGUCCAACCUUUUUUCGUUCUAUGCGAAGAAACUGUAUCGUGAAAGUGAUUUUGUGUUUCUUCUGCAUGGUGCGCUGAAAGCGUUCCAGGCUGCGAUGAGUGUAUCGCAUGGUGCCUUUGAGAUGGGACACACCCAAGCGACGUUCCCCAAGCCUGCCGAAGAGCAUGUGUCAGAGUGGCUGGCCGUGCUUUGGCACUUGCUGCGUACCAACGACAAACUCAUGUCCUACGUUGCUGCAAGUCCAAUAUGGAGUAUGCAUGUCAUGUCGUGGGCGCUGUACGUUGCGCUAGCCAAUCGAAACCACGCAGCGACGCUGGGCCAGGCGCAGUGUGCCAUUUUUUUGCUCCAGGACUUGUCAGCGCAGCCGGCCUUUGCAGAGCACCUGACGCAGCCAGCAAGUAUGAACCAGGUCACAGUGUCGGUACGCCUACUCCGCCGUCACAGUACACUGGCAUUGGAUGCCUUGAUUGAGAGUGCGUACUUCCUGAUCACGACCAGUGCAGGUCCGCUACGUACGCUGUACCCAAAUAUGCUGUACAUUCUCUACAAUACGGCGCCGCAAUGGAAGCAUGUGUGCGUCGUCUCAGCAUCGCGCAUUGAGCAGCUCGUACGUCAAUUUGCCGCGCCCAAGUACUUGCUGUGCAUGCCAGAGCAUCCGUCCUUGCUCAACCUGCUUCUCCAGACGCUUUCUCGUGUCAUGCUAUACCAUUAUGCCGACAAUGUGCAUGUAGCCUAUGUCAUUGUCCGCCUGUCGAGCGUGCUGGAGCAGGUACGUACGCUCCGUCUCGACGAGGCAUUGGAGGCCAUUCAUCGGAGGUGGGAGCAUGCCAAAGUAUGGCACAAGGACGAUCUGUCUACUACCAAGUCGCUUCCUUCGCCACCGGCAGGCACAGAGACGACAGCGAAUGAAGAUGUCCUUACACCGUCCACGGAUAUGGAUGUGGCGUUCCGUGGCGCGGAGAUCCAGAACGAGCAGUCAUUGGCUCACGGCGCGGAUCCUCUCGCGGUAGACGAGGUGCUGGGCACUGCGUCGUCCGAGGUCAAGGUGGACGCCAAGACAGCCGACACAGACGCCCAAGAUGAUGGAAAGGAGGAGGCUGAAGCAGAGCCCAAGGAAGAUACCAAGGCGAACGCCGACGAUGUCAUCAAGGAAGAUACGGACGCUGAUGUCAAAGAAGAUACCGAAAGAGACGCUAAGGCUACGGAGGUGGAUCACGAUGCCAUGCGAGAGCCUGCGCAAGAGGGCGGGUCGACGACUCGCACAGGGCUGAGUGCACCCGAGUUGCGUCGUGUCGCUGUAAGUAUCGGCAAGCAUGGAUUUGUUCCGACGCAGGCAUGGGUCGAUGCAUGGCAGCCUACCUUGUCGUUGGACGUGCUUACGCCGAUGCUGGCGUACCUCACCCCGCGACUCCAGUCUUUUACGCAGAGCGACGCUGUGGUGGGAAGUGCGAAUGCGCAUGAACAGAUCUUGCAGUUCCUGCAGACGCAGUCGCUUGAUGAAGUACUGCCGGGCGCCUCGGCGCCGACGAUGCAGCCCUUUGUGUGGAGUGCACAGAGUACGAUAUGGUUCCAAAGCUAUUUCUGGGGCCUGGUCUAUGCGGUCGGCGCCACGCCUUGGGCUCUAUGGCUGGAUACACACACACAUCUAUUUGAAGUGCACACAGAAACGCCACGGGACUCCACGGCGGCGAUGGCCAUGGGGCUGGUAUCUUCGUGGACGGCGGGCCUUUUGCCGACGUGGCCCUUUACUCCACUGACGUCCAAUGACCAUGGCCAAGCCACAGCGUAG